CUCUCUCUCUCUUCAAACGGUUGAGAAAAUCCUCGAGGAUCUCCUCUGCUCUCGAUGUAAGAAGAAGAAGACUCCACUCGCUCUGCCAACUCUGCCAGUUCUCUCUCUCUCUCUCUCUCUCUCAAAACGGUUGAGAAAAUCCUCGAGGAUCUCCUCUGCUCUCGAUGUAAGAAGAUGAAGACUCCAAUCGCUCUGCCAACUCUGCCAGUUCUCUCUCUCUCUCUCUCUCAAAACGGUUGAGAAAAUCCUCGAGGAUCUCCUCUGCUCUCGAUGUAAGAAGAUGAAGACUCCAAUCGCUCUGCCAACUCUGCCAGUUCUCUCUCUCUCUCUCAAAAUGGUUGAGAAAAUCCUCGAGGAUCUCCUCUUCUCUCGAUCCUAAUUUGUUCAAAUUGACAUGUAAGAAGAAGAAGACUCCACUCGCUCUGCCAGUUCUCUUCGAGUAACGGGAAGAAGAAGAAGAAGAAGAAGAAGAAGAAGAAGAAGACUAGUCAGAAGACCCUAGGCAUUGCUUUGGGGUUCCGAUUCUCGCCGAUUUCGGCAGGUCCUCUGUGUGUGUGUGUGUGUGUCGUUGCUGUGAAUCCUGAAUCCCCAAUUCGACUCGUCCUAUUCGAUGCUUCUUCAUGCUUACGGUGGAGAGAGAAUCUUGAAUCCCAAUAUAUAUGGUCCGCCGCCCCUUAUAAUACAGGUUCUCGCCGAUUUCGGGUGGUCCUCUCUCUCUCUCUGUGUGUCGUUGCUGUGAAUCCUGAAUCCCCAAUUCGUCUCGUCCUAUUCGAUGCUUCUUCAUGCUUACGGCGGAGAGAGAAUCUUGAAUCCCAAUAUAUAUGGUCCGCCGCCCCUUAUAAUACAGGAGAAAUACUGGGAAGAACACCCUGGCCAAGCAGUGCCUCUAAUGAAGCCAAAGUUCUAUCCUGGUCCUUGCAAGGUUGGUGUAACUGGAUUCUGCAUGGGUGGUGCUCUAUCUAUUGCUAGUUCUGUCUUGGUCCCUGAGGUUGAUGCUGUUGUAGCAUUCUAUGGAGUUCCUUCCUCACAGCUUGCAGAUCCAUCAAAUGCCAAGGCACCUGUUCAGGCUCAUUUUGGCGAACUUGAUAGCUUUGUUGGCUUUUCAGAUGUGACGGCUACUAAAGGAUUGGAAGAAAAUCUGAAAGCAUCGAGAGUUCCAUACGAGGUACACAUUUAUCCGGGCAAUGGGCACGCUUUCAUGAACAGAUCACCAGAGGGUGUGCAGAGGAGGAAAAGCAUGGGGAUGGCUGGCGAAGAUGAAGCGUCGGCUGAGCUCGCCUGGUCUCGCUUCCGGUCCUGGAUGAGCCGCUACCUAUCGUCCUCCUAAAUACCGCGUGCUAAUUUAUGUUCUGCUUAAUGCUUCUAAUCUAGACGUGACAUAAUAAAAUCUGGCCUCUAAUCUAAUCUUAGUGGGUGAUUAGAGGCUUUGAGCUGUGCCGUUCUUGCUUUGCAUGGACCAUGAGUGAGUGAGUGUGUAUAUGAUAGAACUUUUGAGAAAUCUCUUUCGAAUUCUGAGAAUAUAUAUAUAUAUAUAUAUGUCUUUGAAUCUAUUAGAGUCUUGUCAACCCGUGUAUUGCUUUUGGUAAAAUUCCUUUGUAAGUCGCCUGUAGGUGCCCCCGUUACCGUUGUGGAUUGUAUGGCUAUAAAUUAA